AUGUGUGGCAUACAACAAGAAAAUCAAACAACCAUUACACAUUUCCUCUUGCUGGGAUUUGAUGAUCUCCAAGAUUUGCAACUAUUCCUCUUCUUACUUUUUCUCAUGAUCUACAUUGUGACCAUGAUGGGGAACAUUCUCAUCAUUACUCUUGUUGCUUCAGACCAUCACCUUCACACCCCAAUGUAUUUCUUUGUGGGGAAUUUAUCCUGCUUAGAGACUUGCUAUAGCUCAACCAUUCUACCAAGGAUGCUAGUCAGCCUUUUAACUGGGGAUGGGCUUAUUUCUGUUAAAGGAUGCAUUGUGCAAUUCUGGUUCUUUGGAUUUCUAGCAGCAACAGAAUGUUAUCUGCUGGCAGUGAUGUCUUAUGAUCGCUACCUUGCAGUAUGCAAGCCACUUCAUUACAUAUCUCUUAUGGAUACUCAUUGCUGCAUUCAGUUAGUGUUAGUAUCAUGGCUCAGUGGCAUGGUUAUGGUCACCACAAUUACAUUAAAAAUGUCACAGUUAAAUUUCUGUGCUCCGAGUGAAAUGAACCAUUUCUUUUGUGACUUCAUGCCAUUGAUGCAACACAUUUGUUGUGGUUCUCAUCUAUUCCUUUUGUCCAGCUUUGUAACUACUUCUGUGGCAACCUUUCCUCCAUUCUUGCUCACCCUGGCUUCAUACAUGUGCAUCAUCACCACCAUUCUGAGAAUCCCUUCUGCUGUAGGAAGAAAGAAAGCCUUCUCCACUUGCUCAACUCACCUUAUAGUUGUUACAAUAUUUUAUGGAACAUUAAUAGUUGUAUAUUUGCAUCCCAAUACUGUAGCUCUCAACAAAAUGAGCAAAUUUUUCUCCCUCUUUUACACAGUCUUUACACCUCUUUUUAAUCCUCUGAUAUACAGCCUGAGAAAUAAGGAAGUGAGCAAAUCCCUCAAAAGAGCUGUCAGGAAAUAUGUAGUAUUUAAAAAACUAGCAGUGAUUUCUAUUUAA